GCCCAAAGCCGGCCUGCCCGCCCCGCCGCUUCUAUGGGACAUGGCCGCGGCCUCUCGGUGCUGCGCGGCCGCUUGGCUCUGCCUGCUGGGGCUUCUGCGCGAUGCGGUCGCCUUCGCUCCGGAGGCGGCGGCGGCGACCCGUCGGCUCCGCACCCGCAGAGCGGCGGUGGGGCCCCGAGAUGGCAUGAAUGUCCUGUUUAUAGUUGUGGAUGAUCUGCGUCCUGUUCUGGGCUGUUAUGGAGAUAAGCUUGUGAAAUCUCCAAACAUUGAUCAACUUGCUUCUCAAAGUAUUGUGUUCAGUAAUGCAUAUGCACAGCAAGCUGUGUGCGCUCCCAGUAGAGUGUCGUUUCUCACUGGCCGCAGACCUGAUACUACCCGACUGUAUGAUUUCUACUCCUACUGGAGAGUACAUGCAGGAAACUAUUCCACGAUGCCUCAGUAUUUCAAGGAGAAUGGCUACGUGACCCUAUCUGUGGGGAAAGUUUUUCAUCCUGGGGUUUCAUCCAAUCACAGUGAUGACUAUCCAUACAGUUGGUCCGUUCCACCCUUUCAUCCUUCAACUGGGAAAUAUGAAAACGAUAAGACUUGUAGGGGAAAAGAUGGAAAACUUUAUGCUAACUUGGUGUGCCCAGUGGAUGUGGCGGAAAUGCCUAGUGGUACUCUGCCUGAUAUUCAGAGCACAGAAGAGGCCAUACGCUUACUGAAUGUUAUGAAAACCAACAAGCAAAAAUUCUUCCUGGCUGUCGGUUACCACAAACCACAUAUCCCACUGAGGUACCCGCAGGAAUUUCUCAAGUUGUACCCCUUGGAAAACAUCACAUUAGCCCCAGAUCCCUGGGUGCCUGCGAAACUACCUUCUGUGGCAUACAACCCCUGGGCGGAUAUCAGACAGAGGGAUGAUGUGAAAGCGUUAAAUGUUAGCUUCCCUUAUGGACCGCUGCCAGAUGACUUCCAGCGGCAGAUUCGUCAGAGCUAUUACGCAGCAGUUUCUUACGUGGAUAUGCAAGUUGGCCUCCUCUUGGAUGCUUUGGAUGAUGUAGGACUCUCAAAUAGCACAAUAGUAGUUUUUACUGCUGAUCAUGGAUGGUCCCUGGGAGAACACGGUGAAUGGGCAAAAUACAGCAAUUUUGAUGUUGCUACCCGUGUGCCGCUGAUGUUUUAUGUACCAGGAAUGACGACUUCCUCUGUUAGUCAAGGAGAAAGGGUCUUCCCCUACCUUGACCCUUUUAGCCAUAUUUUAGGCUUGGUACCUCAAGGGCAAAGCAAAAAGGUGGUUGAGCUUGUGUCUCUGUUUUCAACACUUGCUGAACUUGCUGGCCUGCAAGUUCCUCCUGUGUGCCCAGAGACUUCGUUUCAUGUUGCACUGUGCACUGAGGGGGCAAGCAUUGUCCAAUACUUUAAUGCCUCUGAAGACAAGAUGGAGGAAGAGAAGGAUGGGUGUGAUGACACUUAUAGGUGUUUUAAUGAAGAACCUGUUGCUUUCAGCCAAUAUCCCCGGCCUGCAGACACUCCUCAGUGGAACUCUGACAAGCCGAAGCUGAAAGACAUCAGAAUCAUGGGGUAUUCCAUGCGUACAAUUGACUACAGGUAUACUGUAUGGGUUGGGUUUAAUCCUAACAUCUUCCAUGCUAACUUUGAGGAUGUCCAUGCGGGAGAGUUGUACAUGGUGGAGACUGAUCCAAACCAGGAUUAUAACAUCUAUAACAAUACCUCACAUGGUUGUUUCUUCAAAAAAAUUCUUGGCUUCCUGAAGCACUAGGGUUCAGAAACUUCUUUGCGUGUGUUCUUGCAACUGAAGUAACGCUUCCUUUUUUGUAUAAAACCUUUCUGUUGUACAGAAAACACUUGGAUUGAAUUAAAAUCCUGUUUGUAU